UCGGUGUAAAGCGCACACUCAUUAUUACAUGCGUCUUCUAAACGUGACUAGUUGAUGUAGGUUAAGUGAAUGGCGGGAGAUUAACAUGUGUUUCAUCAUUGGAUCUGCUAGUGAAUGAGCUGUCAGCAUCCUCCACAGAGCAGAGAAGAUGUUGAGAAAUGCCUCCGCACAGAUACUCAAACAGUUCGUCCGGCACAGGACUACAGAUACUAAUCUGAUCUUGGAGAGAUCUAUUAACCGGGUGCAGCUGCUUGGGCGAGUGGGACAGGACCCCGUCAUGAGGCAGGUGGAAGGCAGGAACCCCGUCACCAUCUUCUCCAUGGCAACAAACGAGAUGUGGAGGUCUGGGGAGGGAGAACCCACGAGUACAGGAGAUGUCAGCCAGAAAACAACAUGGCACAGAAUCUCAGUAUUCAAACCAGGCCUCAGAGACGUGGCGUAUCAGUAUGUUAAGAAAGGGUCUCGGAUUCUUGUGGAAGGAAAGCUUGACUAUGGAGAGUACAUGGAUAAAAACAACGUCAGGCGACAAGCAACAACUAUUAUCGCAGAUAAUAUUGUGUUUUUAAGUGAAAAUCUGCGAGACCAGUAAUAAAGACGCCUUCCCAGACUUAAGGAAGCUAAAGAAGAUAUUUUAUAUAGUGUUACUCUGCUCACUGACAUUAAACUUUGCGUAUCCUUCUGUCCAGUCUUACAGUCAUACAUAGAAGAAGUGAUGUUGUUUGUAUGAUUGUGUAAUGCUGGUUUGUUUCCGACAGAGGGCGCUGACAGAUGCACUUUGACAUGUAAACACUUUCCAGAGCCAUGAACUGGAUUGAACUCUUGUUUUUUUUUUUUUUUUUUUUUUGGACAUGAAAAAUAAAAGCAUCAUAUCUGAAGUUAUGUCUAACCAAAUCCUGUCCAGUUUGCUGUUAUGUCCUGCUAAUGUUCAUAAUGUUCAGUAAAGGGUUUGUUUUGAAUACUUAAGCCAUCCGUGUCUAUAUGUGACUUAAAAUGUACAAGACUUGUAAAGCACCACCUGGUUUCAGAAAUGAAGCUUCUGAAACUGAGAGAACAGUAGUUUCAAUUCUUAUGUUUUUUUCAGUCUUGUCCAUUUGUUUGUGAGCAUUUUACCCAUCGUGUUAUGGUCGUUUGAUUGUAUUUUUAAUGUUUUUCUUAGCCUAUAGAAUAUACCAAGAGUAUCUUAAAUGCACUUUUAAAAUGAGUAAGAUUACUUUUUCAUGGUAUUUACAUACAGCUUAAAUAUUUUGGCAGACAUUGGACUUUAGGCGGUGCAUAGAGUUUGGUACUCUUGUCUUUAUACGGUUUGUCAAGAGAUUAUGCGGAGUCGCGUUUAAUUGGAGCAGCUUCACGUCAAUCAUCCAUUAGCGUUCUUUUAUUGGACAGUCGGCCUUUUUUUCUUACGCUCUGAGUGCGCUUUAAACGUAACAGCCAAUCUGAUUGGUCGCCACACGGAUUCCAAGGGCGGGGCAUUGGAUAGAAAAGUUUUGCUUUUUUAAGACGAAUACGCGUGGUGUUUACAAACAGCGUUAAAAAACUGAGAAAGCGCAUAUAAUAAUUUUUGCUUGGAAAUAUCCGAAAGGUACCUGAAUGUAUCACAGUCCACAAACAGACCUCUGUAAAAAAAAAAAAAAAAAAAAA